AUGGACCUCACUACAUGCAACGGUAGGCUUCGUGAGCUAUAUCAAGAUUUACAAUCGGAGCUUCGUAAAGGGGAGGUCGAAAAAAUUAAGCAGUUACUUUCAGAUGAACAACUGCCAAAGGGUGAAAAAGAAAGCUUAAAGGGAGCAGCUGAGAUUUUUGAAAAACUAGAGGAAAUAGGGUUGAUCAAAGCAAAUAACUUAUCACUAUUACAUCAUCUAAUAACUAAGAUCAAAAGAAGACCGUUAAUAGCCAAGUACAUAGAACCAUGUGAAAAGAUACUUGCUGAGUUACAGAGUAAAGGGAACGAUGAGGUCGAUGUACCAUCCAACACUGGAACUACCUCGGAAGUACGUCAACGAAAUCGAAAGACAAAACAACAUGAGAAGAAACAGUCGCAACAAAUGAAUAACAUAACGCCAGUGGUGCCAAACAGAGUAAAAGAGAUCGUUAUGUUGUGCGUGGUCGUGCUUGUGUUCAUCUUUGGCAUUGGAGUUUACACGAUAUCUUCCUCCUCGGACAGUAUUGCAACUUCUGUUGUAGAAUCCAAGAAGGAAGAACGCAAUGAACCUAAGUUAGAGCUACAGUCUGAACUCAUACCAGCUGCUGGGGACGCAGAGAAAACAUCUUGGUCGUCAAUAGAUACCCAUGGAACUGACAACGUUGACGCCAACAAACCAAAAAAGCGGAAAAGUGGAAACUACUUAGCUGAAGGUGCCUCUUCGUCAAAGAGUCCACUAGAUUCAAGAGAAGCGGAAUUUAAAAAAAUGCUCUUUGAUCUUGCUAAGGAAAUAGGCGUAGAUGAUUUAAAAUCAUUGAAACACCUAUGUGGCAAUGUUUAUGGUCUGAUACCAAAGGGCGAUUUAGAGAAAAGGGAACAGGCUAAUGGAGUGUUUCAAUAUUUGUGUGAAGAUAACAAAAUCAGCAGUGACAACACAGAGUUGUUGGAACGAUUAUUAACGCAAAUACCCAGAAAAGACCUGGUGGAGAAAUUUAUACGACCAUAUUUAUCAAAGUAA